UUUUUUUUUUUUUUUGGUUAGGGUUUUUUUUUUUUUUUGGUAUAGGACUGUACACCUCUUUCUUAAACCAUCCUGACAAAGGGACAGAGGGAAAAAUACAUUUCCCGUGAGGCGUUGGGGCUAGAACAGCUGGAGGUGGACGGCAGAGUGCCGCGACGACUGACAGGAGUUGUAGUUCUCCCCGGCCGCGUCACUGCGGCGUCGCCCACCCGCCUUCCCCGGUCAGGCCGCGGUUUCCUUUGUGGACGUGGCGAGGGGCGCCUGCGGCCUUCCAGGCACUCGUUGGCCCCGCCCCGUGAGUCGCUCGUGCGAACUCAUUGGGCGGGGGGCGGGGCUCUGCGCAGCCAGAGGCGGGGCCUGACUGGAGAGCGGCCGAAUUGGGCACUUUUGCGGGAACGCAGAGCCGAGCGUGGAGAGCGGAACGAAGCUGCAUGACUGGGGACCGAUGAUGUGGCGAGCAUCGCUUCUGCUGCUUCUAUUGCUCCUGAGGCACGGGGCCCAGGGGAAACCGUCCCCAGACGCAGGCCCUCAUGGCCAGGGGAGGGUGCACCAGGCGGCCCCCCUGAGCGACGCCCCCCAUGAUGACUCCCACGGGAACUUCCAGUACGACCAUGAGGCUUUCCUGGGACGGGAAGUGGCCAAGGAAUUCGACCAACUCACCCCAGAGGAAAGCCAGGCCCGUCUGGGGCGGAUCGUGGACCGCAUGGACCGCGCGGGGGACGGCGACGGCUGGGUAUCGCUGGCCGAGCUUCGCGCGUGGAUCGCGCACACGCAGCAGCGGCACAUACGGGACUCGGUGAGCGCAGCCUGGGACACGUACGACACGGACCGCGACGGGCGUGUGGGUUGGGAGGAGCUGCGCAACGCCACCUAUGGCCACUACGCGCCCGGUGAAGAAUUCCAUGACGUGGAAGACGCAGAGACCUACAAAAAGAUGCUGGCUCGGGACGAGCGGCGUUUCCGGGUGGCCGACCAGGAUGGGGACUCGAUGGCCACUCGGGAGGAGCUGACGGCCUUCCUGCACCCCGAGGAGUUCCCUCACAUGAGGGACAUCGUGAUUGCUGUGAGUGGCGGCUGGGGAACCCCACCCCCCCACACCCUUCUGGGAACCCAGUCUUCUG